AUGUCAACUUUAAAAUCAAUCAUCGAUGAAACAUAUAUCAAUGUUAAUUUGAAAGGAGGUAAUCUUCAUUCUGAACUCCUACAUAUAGAAGCAUCUUUCAACAAAGGUAAUUUAUUAAUUUAAUUUAGGAUAAUUUAAGGGAUAAUCAAUUCCAUUGAAAUGUCAAUGGUAUAACAUCACCAAAGAUAAAGACUUUGUGGAAAUAGAGGAUGUAUCGGGAUAAUUCUAUUAGCCUUGUAUAUUAGAUAUUGAUACUAAGUAAAUUCUGCAAUAAUCCUUUAAGAAUUAUGGUUUAAGCAAUACCGAUUUUAGACUUUGAAUAUAAUGGAAUGCCUUUAAUGGCUGAAACUAGUUUUUUGCAAGCUGAUUCAAAAAUCUUUGAUUUAGUAGAUUAAUAUAUUAAAAUUAGGUUAACUAAGCAUUUAAUUAAGGAGAGAUGUAAUUAAAUUGUAAAUUGGAAAAUAUACAAGCAUAAGAUAACUAAUCCUUUGCAGAUCUUAAUUUACCUUUAAUAUGCACUAUAAUUGCUAAUGAAAAUGGAUUGAUAUUAAAAACUGAUUAAAAUAAGAUUAUAAUGAAUAUUGAAAAAUACUAACUCAAGAUUAUAAAGAAAAAUAAUAAUUAGAUUGAAAUCUUCAAUUAAAAUAUAAAAUUAUUAGCAGCUUUAACAAAUAAUAUAGUUCGAGAUGCUAUUUUUUAAUUUAGCAAAACAUUAAAAUCAAAAAUAACUCAUUUAAGUGACACAGCUUAAUUAUAUAUACUACUUUCUGAUUAGGAAUAAAAGUUGAUUUAAAAAGAUAAUGAGAUUUUAUAAUUAUAAGAUAUAAAACAAAAACUAACAAAAAAUAUAAAUGAGCUUUAAUAAUAGUAUAAUUUAAAUAUCAAAAAAAUUGAAUCAAAUGAUAAAUAAUUAGCAUAAUUAAGUUUAUAAGUUUAAAGUAAGGAUAAAGAAAUAUAGAAUUAAAAAUAAUAGAUAGAUAAAUUGGAUGGGAAAACAUAGAUUUAUAUUUAAGAAAUUAAAGUUUUAAAGAGCUAAGUAAUUUUAUUAGAAAAUACAAAUAAAAAGUUCUAACUUGAAAUUGAAGAAUUGAAAAAUAAGGAACACUAAAAUUAAGAUGAAAUAAGAGAAAUGUUUUAUAGAGAAAAGCUUGACAGUUUAAAAUAAUAAAAUGAUGUAUAAUUAUGUAUAUUUAGAGAAAUGCAUCAAAGAAAAUCAAUAAUGGCAACUCAUAAAUGAUUAGUUAAUGAAAGAAAUAAAAAAACUUGAAAGCAACAACAUAUUUAUAAUAGAAGAGAAAGAAUUAAUUUAAAAUGAAUUAAAUAGUUUAAAAAAAAAGUAUGAGAGCUUAUCUUAAGAGAUUGAACUUAAUCAGAAGAAAGAGAAAUCUGAUGUAUCUUCUGAAGUAAUGAUUAUAUUUUUAAUUUUAGAGUGAUGUUCAGUCAAAUAAAUAAUCUGAAAUUAUUAUAGGUAAUCCUAUUGUUUAGAAUAAUAAUAAUUCGUAGGAAGAAAUAAAAAGAUUAAAAACUACUAUUAAUAAUUUGGAAGCUACUAUAAAGAAGUAAAAAAAAAAAUGAUAAAUUUUAGUUUGAAAUGUGAUUAUGAAUAGGAUAUGUUGAAAUUAACAACUAAACACUUUUUAAAGAACAACAAUUCUCAUGAAAUAUAAAUUUUAUAAAAAUUAGUAAAAUAAUGAAAAAUAUUAUUAGGCUAAUUCUUUGGUUGAAAGUUUAUCAGAUAAAGAAUAGGCUUUAUAAACUUAGAGGAAUAUUAAUAGAGAAUUAAUGAAUAAACUAACUGAAUUUACAAAGUGA